UAAAUUUAUAAAAAUAAACAUCAACUAUUACUACUUUAUUAUGAUUAGUUGAAGUAUUUCAGAAAAAAAGAAAGAAAUAGUCUCGGUAUUGAGUGGAGAAAGAGUAACUCUCAGCAAGUGCAUAUUGCAACUUUCUGGGUUCUCUUCUUCUAUACGAUAUCAAAUCCAAGUGAACCACGCCACAACAGGUAGAAAGAACAAUAAUUUACUUCCAUUUCAGCGGUGAAGGCUUCAGAAUUCGUCACCGUAAGAGUAAAUACUGGUACCACCACCGAGAUUUAGCCAGGCUCUCGCAGGUAACUGAUACAAUGUCACUAAGGCGUUUCUUAGGCUAUUCUGAUGGCGAGGUCAUGAGGUCUGAUGCAAAACCCUGUUCUAGACUAAUGAGACAUACAGCCGGAAUCUUUAGUGUUGGUGGAGCAUUGGGAUUUUGGGUGCUUUGCCGAAUGCAUUAUGGUCCUCGAAUUACAGUUCCAAGGAGUCUCCGUUGGGCUGCAUGUGGAGCUGUGACCGUAAGUUCAAGCACAGCUUUGCUGGUUCGUUUGUUUAGUCCUGAAUGUGAGCCCCAGAAUAUAGCUGCUUAUGACAAUAAAAAGUACUAGCACUGUUGGUAACUCCCCUUUUCCCCCACAUACAGAAAUACGGAAAUGAUAAAAUUUGGAGGCGUUGCAUGAAUGAAAUUGUAUUACUGUUUUAACUUUGUAAUCUACAUCAGUAGGGCUACCAGUAUGGUAUAGAUGAACCUUUUAUGGCAUCACGAGGCAAAAUUAGGCUAGUUACUUUCAUAAGUUUUGGAGCUAUUGCACUUGCAAAAGUAUGUUUUAUACUUUGUUUUUUCUAACUAAUCUUUUAAUACUUCUGAACUCUA